AUUAUUAAUUAUCCAACCUGCGCAUGCACGCACACGCACGCACACACACUUUUGUGUGUGUUUUCGGUCCAGAGUUUUUCAAUGAAGCGUUUCUUUGGGUUGGUGCUGGAGCGACUGGUGUUCCUGUCUAAGAGCCUCAAACUGAGCAAAUGCAGCAAACAGAAGAAGAAGAAGAAGCUGAAAUCCAGGAAAAACAAACCAGUGGUGAUCCUGACAGUUUACCUCAAUGACACCCAGCAGAUGCUAACUGAGGUCCCAGUCACUCCAGCUACCAGGGUGAUUGACGUGGUCGAAUACUGCAAAGAAGCCGGGGAGGGGGAGUGUCACCUAGCAGAAGUAUGGAAUGGGCAUGAGCGAGUUCUCCCUCUGGAGUUGUUACUGUUGGAUCUUCUCCAGCAGUGGGGAGCCAGGAGGCCAGAGGUCAGCUUCUACCUCAGACACUGCCCCUCCUGGACGCAAGGAAGUCAGCAGCCUUUGGAGCAGAGCUGGACCACAGAGGCAACAGAGAGUGCUAAUGACAGGGUUCCCCGUGUGGAGCUGACCCUCUCUGAGCUCCAGGAAAUGGCGACAAGACAGCAGCAACAAAUAGAGGCUCAGCAACAGAUGUUGGUCGCCAAGGAGCAGAGACUGAGGUAUCUUCACCAGGGAGGCAGAGCUAACCAGGGUCAGACACAGUCUGAAGCCGAGAAGCUGCAGCGCCUGAAGGAGCGAGUGGAGACUCAGGAAGCCAAGCUGAAGAAGAUCCGAGCCAUGAGAGGACAAGUGGACUACAGCAAACUGAUCAACGGAAACCUCUCUGCAGAGAUUGACCAUGUCAGCAGCCUGUUUCAGGAGAAGCAGGCAGAACUGCAGUCCGCCGUGGUCAGAGUCGACCAGUUGACCCAGCAGUUGGAGGAUUUGAGGAGAGGGCGCCUUCAGCUGCACUCUGUUGCACCAGCUCAGGGGGCGCCCGCCGGGUCCCAGGGCGCACCAGCUGGCCAGAAAGGGUCACCCCUGUCUGGUCCUGCAGCCCUGGAGCUGAGGAAGCUCUACCAGGAGCUGCAGGCUCGUAACCGCCAUAACCUGGAGCAGAGCAGCAAGCUGGCCCAGAACAAGGAGCUGCUGAACAAGAGGAAUGCCCAGGUGACAGUGAUGGAUCAACGCAUCGGAGACCUGAGGGAACGACUGCAUAAGAAGAGAGCAGAACUGAGUCGUAUGAAUGGAGGAGGCCUCUCCUCCCCUCAGACCUCUUCCCAUCCAGGUGGUGGAGUUUCGGGUCGAGUGGCGGCUGUCUGCCCCUACAUCCAGGUUCCAGCUGAUGGGAGACAGGAGGCGGGGUACAACCUGCCAGCUGACCCACCGGCCAAACCCACCCCGCUCAGCCACAUCCGCUCCCUCUCAGCUAAUGAAGCGUCAUGGCCUAGCAUCAGUAAGAGUGUGUCAGAUUGGAAGACCAACAGUCCAGAACAGCAUCCCUCUGGUUAUGGUACCUACCCCAGUGCCACCCACCAGGCGGCAGGGCAUCACUGUGCCACCAGCUCCCUGCCCCGCUCUGCCCCUGGUACACUGGGCUGGCCCCGAUCCAGUGCCACCUCAUCCUCCUCUUCGUCAUCUUCCUCUUCACAACAAAUACAGCAACGUAUCUCUGUCCCUCCAAAUUCGAGCCAAGGCUCUGCCUCCACCUCCCAACCAUCUCCCUUGUCCCCACAAACAGAACGAACAGACCCCCCACCAGCGGUGGCAGUUCGUCCCUACGUCCCGGACCACCCCUCCAGGCCCCAGUCCCCCAGGAAGGGUCCCGCCACAAUGAACAGCAGCUCCAUCUACAGCAUGUACCUCCAGCACCCUCAGGCCAAAAACUAUGGAUCUCUCAGCAACAGGACGACUGUCAAAGCAGUCUACGGCAAACCCAUCCUCCCCACCUCCUCCACCUCUCCGUCCCCUGUCCCUUUUCUCCAGGGAGGAGGAGUAAGAGCAGGAGGAGAGGAUGUUACAGAUAAAGAAGGAGGGAAAGGAGGAGGAGGCGAGAGCAGUGACGGGCAAAUCCUGCCUCCACCCAGCGUGGACAACAUCCCUCGUCCCCUCAGUCCCACGAAGCUCACCCCAGUCGCCCACUCCCAGCUACGUUACCAGAGUGACGCUGACCUGGAGGUUCUCCGCCGACGCCUCAGCAAUGCUCCACGACCCCUGAAGAAACGGAGCUCAAUCACUGAGCCUGAGGGCCCACAGGGGCCUAACAUCCAGAAACUACUGUACCAGAGGUUCAACACGUUGGCAGGAGGCAUGGAAGGAGGCUCAGGCAAUACUUUCUACCAGCCUGAGUGCAUUUUGGGUGACAUGGACAACAUUCAUUCAUCAAAUGGGAAUGUAGAACCUGGUGACAAGCACAUCAGUAUGGCAACUGUGGAGGGUGAAGUUCAGAACUUGAACUCAGGCUCCCGCCGCUUGUCCCCUCCUUCAGUUGCCAUAGAAACUUCCAAGGAGACGACCGCAAAAGCAGAAACUACCAAUAGCGUUUCUCCAUCAGCCCAGCCCAGCCCAUCCCCUACACCUGAUAGGCCAGAGGACCAGAACAAUAACAACCAGAGAGGAUCUAGUCCCACAAAUACACAUAAAUCUGUAGGCCAUGCCUCCCCUUCUCCAUCACCUCCUGCCCCACCUUCACUGCCUAAGGUGAAGCGAACCAACUUGAAGAAGCCGUCUUCAGAGCGAACAGGCCACGGCCUGAGGGUCAAGUUUAACCCUCUCGCUCUGCUGCUGGACGCAUCGUUAGAGGGAGAGUUCGAUCUGGUGCAGAGGAUCAUAUAUGAGGUGGAAAAUCCCAGUAUGCCUAAUGAUGAAGGCAUAACUCCUCUUCAUAAUGCUGUCUGCGCCGGCCAUCACCAUAUUGUUAAGUUCCUGCUGGACUUUGGAGUAAAUGUAAACGCAGCCGACAGUGACGGAUGGACUCCUCUGCACUGUGCGGCUUCAUGUAACAGCGUCCACCUCUGUAAGAUGCUGGUGGAGUCGGGUGCCGCCAUUUUCGCCACAACAAUUAGUGACGUCGAAACAGCGGCAGACAAAUGUGAAGAAAUGGAGGAGGGCUAUACGCAGUGCUCUCAGUUCCUCUACGGGGUACAAGAAAAGUUGGGUGUGAUGAACAAAGGCCUGGUCUACGCUCUCUGGGACUACACGGCCCAGCAGGCCGAUGAGCUGUCCUUCAGCGAGGGCGACGCCCUCACCGUGCUGCGCCGGCGUGACGACACAGAGACAGAGUGGUGGUGGGCACGACUCAACGACCGUGAGGGAUAUGUACCCCGAAACCUGCUGGGGCUGUAUCCAAGGAUCAAGCCCAGACAACGCUCGCUGGCAUGAAGCCCAGAUCAGGAGCCACGUGCACGCUCGCGGAGGGCGCAUGCACACACGGGAGAGGAGCAGCAGCGUGUGGGCGGAAGCAUUAGCCGAGUAAGGAAGAACAAAGGAUGGAGGCAGUCGGGAGGCUGAGUGAGGGAAGGACGAAGGAAACAAAGAUGGAGCUCACAACUCUGAUGAAGCGACUUUUUUUCUGUUUGUUUGGAUGUAAUGCUGGAAUCACAGAGCCACUUUAUGGCAGGAUCAUAAUAUAUUUUCACUGAAGCGCUGCAAUUAGCAAGAAAUUGCUGAAUCUUAUUUUGAGCAACAGUAGCUUGGCAGCUUCACACGAGUUCAGUCGCAUGAGAGAAGCUGAACAGAAAAAAAAUGAAAGUUAUCCAUCAUUCGGAUGCAGCUUUGAGUUCUUCCAGCUCAGAACAUGAAAGCUUGAUCUCGGAAUUCUAAAGCUGUACCUGACAUUUACCCAAAUAACCUCGAUCUUUGAAUGCCGCUUUAUUUUUGUAUGGUGUUGAUAAAAACAAAAACAAAAAAACACCUUGAUGGAUCUUCAUAAAGCCGAGCUCAUCAACAGCAAAAUGAUGCUGUUUCUCAAUGGCAGUGACCAUCGUAUGUUGUCUGAAAACGCCUUUGCACCGUGUGGUGUGAAGGUUUAAAUGCAGUAAAUUUGCAGGCUCGAUCAGGUGAAGGUAUGUGUGAGAUGUGAAGAUGGAGAGAGGAAAGUGAGAAGAGAGAUAGUGUAACUCUUAAUGUGUGUGAGAGCAAGUCAGGUUUUGUCAGGUUGUUGACGGAGCAGCUAUACGCAGUGCUGGUCAGGAAUUGCAUGGGGAGUGCAACCGCAAUUUUACGAAGCAGAAUCCAGCAAGCUUUUGAUGCAUGGUGGCUGAGGUCCACAUCGACCCAUACGAGAAACAGAUGUUGACGAUAUAAUUUUAUGGCAUGGUUAAAAAAAAAGAAAGGCUUGAACUGAUAUCAAAAGAAUAUUUUGAUUCUGAUUUCACAAAACGAUAUAAGAAGCAUCUGUGAAUCGUUACGGAUGUCUCAGCCUUUUACUCUUCUGUAUUUAUGUUGACUCAGCUCUGCUGCAUGUUGUCAUAUUAACAUCUGCUCAACUGCAAAAUGGUUGCUGCUGGAAAGACACGGAGGAAAAGAAGGAAAACAAGAACGUGAGAAGUGAAUUUGUAAAAGCACCUGAAAAAAUGGGUUUAGAGGGGAAGGAGGAGGAGAAGGAAGUAAAGUGACAAUAAUUUCAUUUGAAAGAAAACCUCUGCCAGUGUUUACCUGUUAACACCUAAUUGGGGUCUGGCACAUGUUGGUCCUCAUACUGGGGCAAUGCUGGUACCAGGCUCUAAAACUAACAAUAUGAUAAAGCAGUGUUUCCCAUCGUGUUUAAGGAUUUUAUAUUUGUCAGUCCUUUCAAAUACAUCACAUAAAAGCACUUGUGGCUACUCUGUGUUGUCUUCAAAGUCAAGACAACAGUCGUCAAUGCAAACCCAACCUCGCCCUGCCACAUUUAAUGGUUGAGAAUAUAACUGUAUACAUUAUAGGGGCUGAAUUAGCUGAGAGUGAAUGAAGAAUCUAAAGUGAAAACAAUCAGUGUUACUUCUGAUUUAUUUUCUUUAUAUUUCCAUAUUUCAGUAGUUGUAUGAAAUCUCCUGGUUUGCUGUUUUAUUUAAAACAAAGCUUUUUCUAUUAUUGUUGUUAUUGUUAGACACAUUGCUCUUGUUUCUGUAUCUGUCAGUGCUGGCACCACUCACUGCUGCCACCCAGUGUACAGGAAGGCGUUGACACCAUGCGUCACGUCCUUUAACAUGCUGUGUAAAAUAUGAAGCAAUAAGUUGAGUGAUGUUUGAUGUGAGAAUGGCACAUUGGUCUGAGGAGUGUGAACCAUUACCUUGUGUAUAUGCAACCUGUAACUACACAUCUGAUGUACAAUAAUAAAGAAAUUAU